UCUAUUUUCAUUGAAUGCGAUACUUGAUUGAACAAUUCAAAGUUUAUGUAUAACCACAAUUCAUAUCUAAAUUACUUUUUUUAUGUUAUCUACCCUGCCCCGCUUACCUCAAUCUAUUUGCGUCACUAAUUACUAUCUAAUCUACAUUUACACUACAUGAUUUUAGUUUGAAAAAUUUGGACUUGUGGGUACGUUGAUCUGAAGUAAACAAUUAUUUUUCUCCUAGAAAAAUAUCAAUAAAAUGGCUCAAGGCUUACCAGAUGCUGUAUCUACAGAUAAUCCUGUUUUCCGAGCAUAUCUAUUUUAUUGUGGAAUACUUAUUUUGAAAAUGAUGUUGAUGACCAUAUUAACUGCUAGGCAAAGGAUCAAACACAAGUCAUUUGCAAAUGAAGAAGAUGCCAAAAAUUUUAAAGGGAAAGUCCGAGUAGUUGAAAAUGUAGAAAGAGUAAGAAGGGCCCAUCUGAACGAUGUGGAAAAUAUCCCAUUAUUCUUUGUUGGCGCAUUUAUAUACACACUGACCAACCCAUCAGAAUAUGUUGCGAAAUCUCUAUUUUUAGCAUACACUGUUGCAAGAAUUGUACACACUUUUGUUUAUGCAGUUUAUGUUGUACCACAGCCAGCAAGAGGAUUAUCUUUCGGAGUUGGGGUUUUCAUCACAGGAUACAUGGUGAUUAAAGGUUUAAUCAACUUUGCAUAGAAUUUAUGCAGAAUAUUUUAGAUAGUUAUUGUGGUGAACGAGUUUGUUAAUUUCACUAAAAUUAUUCGAUAAGGAUGACCAGUAAGGGAGAAUCAGAAACGAAGACAGAUACAAAGUUGUUUAAAUUAGGAAGAAGUUGCCCACUUUAGAGCUCAUUUAAAUUAUGUUAAAAUUUUUUGAAAAUUCUGAUUGGUUCUAAAGAUAUUCGAAAAGAAUCGUAAUUUG